AUGUUUCGCCCAAACUUCAUCCUUCUUGCCCUCGGGUGGGCUCUGCUGCAGCAGGUCCACCUCGCCAAUGCCUGGCCUACACCUCACCAACUGUCCCAGUGGCUGCCGCAUUUCAAGAGCCAACGGCCGCAGACCCAGCCCGACUUUGCACGCCGCAACUUCGAGACAAUGUCGCGCAUCUACAACCUCACUGUCUAUCCCAAUCAGCUCCCCAUACUUGGUGGUGGCGGAGCUGCUGCCCCCCCCGGCCUCUUCACGCAGGACGUUCGGGGACGUGUUACUCCUGUCGGCGACUUCGAAGAUUUCGAGCACUCGAUCGAGUACUUUUUUUCUCUGUCGCCGGUGCCACAGGGAAAUGCCGUCAAAGGUGCCAUUACAGGCUACCGCAUCGUUGAGUUCAGCUCUCAGUGCCCAGAGAUUGCUGCCUCUGUGGUCUAUCUCUACUGCUCUGUGGUAGAUCCGGGCAGCCCCGAUCAUGGAAGGCCUUUGCCUGCCCUGAAGCAGGUCGCUUUUUGGAGAUUUGAUUCGCAGGGUACCGUGGCGUACUACGAUGCUUGGAUUCCCAAUCUCCACAGCUGGGUCGAGUUGACGAACGGUGGUGUCCCUGUCUCAGAUCCGCAAUUCCAGGCCUCCAGUAUCACGCAAAUUUGCACUCUUACGCAACUCCGCUGCCACGGGGAGAACCGCCAGUGGGACAGCAUCGAGCAGUGCAUCGCGGAUUUGAGCCAGAAACCAUACGGUAAUUAUGAUGAAGCCUGGGGCGACAACAUCGCUUGCCGUAGCAUCCAUCUGGUUCUGACACAGGUUCGCCCUGAUGUUCAUUGCCCUCAUGUCGGGCCCACUGGAGGCGGGAAAUGCGUUAAUGCUCCCUAUGCCGAAAGGUAUUUCUCUGACGAGUCUCUCUUCGGCUCCCCCUCGGGAGAGACGUUUGUGUGCAAAUAG